GCACAGAUGUGGUUGGACACUAGGAGGAGGUGUGAUGGAGCUGAUAAGAAGUUCCUCUCUGGAUAUAAAGCUGCUGCAGCCUCAGCUUCUCUCAGACAACCAUGGCGUUCAUCGGACUCGUCACCGUGCUGGUGCUGAUCCACAACACGGCAGGUGUGCUGGGUGCGGAGGUGAGCAGCUCCAUCGUGGGCGGUCAGGACGCUCUGAAGAACAAGUGGCCCUGGAUGGUUCACCUCAACAUCACGUCUGAUGGGGUCAAAAAGUGGCGCUGUGGAGGAACCAUCCUCAACAGUCAGUGGAUCCUCACUGCUGCACACUGCUGGGUGACGGACCCUCCCCCUAAGCUGGACCGCUGCGUGGUGUGGGUGGGCGCCCACAGCCUGGAGGUGGGGGCCGAGCGCUACAUGCAGGUGGACACCAUCGUCCCUGAUGAAAAGUACGGCGCUCUGAGCUCCGGGUACGUUAACGACAUCGCUCUGGUGAAGCUGAAGAAGAAGAUCAGGUUCUCCAAACAGGUCUCCGGGGAUUAUGGCGGCCCGCUGGUGUGUUCUUCAGCUGGGGGCUUCGUGCAGGUGGGCAUCAUGAGCUAUGGGAGUCCUGAUGGUUGUGGUCUCCCAGGACGUCCUGGCUUCUACACCCAGGUGUCCAAGCACCUGACCUUCAUCAACGACUGGAUCCACCGUUGAGAGUGUGCUGGAGUUGAUGUGUUUCCCUGCUGAGAAGUCAACAAUAAAUCAUACAUAUUCAUCAAGA